AUGGAUGUGCAUGGCCCUCAGUGCUUGGAGCCCGACUCGACACCUCUCCCUUUCCUCUCCAUGACAGUGCUGGCCAUUUUCCAUGAACUCCACGUGGACCCCGACCUGUACACACUGCUGUUUGGAGAGAGUGUGCUGAAUGAUGCGGUGGCCAUAGUCCUCACAUACUCUAUAUCCAUCUAUAGUCCCAAGGAGAAUCCCAACACGUUUGACACGGCAGCGUUCUUCCAAUCCGUGGGCAAUUUCCUAGGGAUCUUUGCCGGCUCCUUUGCAAUGGGCUCCGCGUAUGCAGUUGUUACCGCACUGUUGACCAAAUUUACCAAGCUCCGUGAGUUCCCAAUGCUGGAGACAGGCCUGUUUUUCCUCCUUUCUUGGAGUGCCUUCCUGUCUGCAGAGGCUGCCGGCUUAACAGGUCAGUGCUUUAUGCUACAAUGUGAGCAAGGCCUGUGAAUGUGGAUUGUUGU